CCCUUACGCCCUAUACAAAAAUCUCUUCCCAACAGAUAAGAGGGUCCCACUUAUCCACUUCCCUAUCCUUCACCCCACCAAACCACCCUGCUUCCUCACCAUCUCUCACCCUCCAUUCCAUCACUCCACUCACCAACCCUGAUCACACAAUCAAGCGCAUCGCAUGCAUUGACUCCGCGAAGAACCCGAUCACAGCCCUGCAUAAACAAAACCAGACGGUUAACGAGAGCCACAGGUACUCUCACCAGAACAAUAUCGCAUACACACUCUCUUCUUCUCUCAUUCUCGCCAUUCCCUCUUCCUCGUUCGGGUUCAGAUGGAGUCGCGAGUGCUGUCACGCGCCGGAGCCUUCUCCUCCCUCGCUCACCUCCGCAAGUCUCCGCGGGACGUCGCUGGCGGUGCCUCCUUCGUCACGGUGAAGACCGUGGGGUCCCUUGCGGAAGGUGGGAAUCUGAUUUGGGGGAGGCAGCUGCGUCCGGAGCUCUGCUCGCCGGCGCUGAAGAAGGAGGCCGUCCUCCUCCGACCUUGCCUUGCCGCCACCUCCUCACCGGCCGAGGGUGGUGAUUCCGCCGGGGAAAAGGUUGCUCCCGCGGGAUUCUUCGACAAAUACCCCGCUCUUGUCACAGGGUUUUUCUUCUUCACGUGGUACUUCUUGAACGUGAUUUUCAACAUCCUCAACAAGAAGAUCUACAACUAUUUCCCCUAUCCGUAGUAAGUGUUCAGCGACUCUCUAUCUUGCACUUUGUCUGGUGUU